AUGCCUAGACGAAAGAUCGGCGCAGACCUCAAGGAGGCGCUGUGCAAGCUGUACGAGGCCGGGGACAUCAGUGCUGAAACCAUCGAAAAGCAUGGCCUCAUGUCCAGAGCCACUUUCUUUCGCAACUUGAAGAUCUACAAGACCGGAGCAAGCCUCGAACAGCGACAUAGCACGGGCCGCAAGACGAACGCAGACAAGCUCAGACAACACGAGAGGUUGGAGUUGGACGCACUGCAGCCUAAGCACCUGUCGCAUCUCGAGCUAGUGCUUCUGCUCGACGACGAUGACAAGGACAGCCAAGCCAUUGGUUCGCGCAAUAAGCGCAAAGGCAAAGGAAUAGCCGGCAGCUCAAAGAGGAAGGAUGCGACGGCAAGAGGCACGGCCGCUGACGAACAGGCCGACGAUGCGCAUCAGACUGCGGCGGAGUCGGGCUCCGAAAGCGAAGGUGACCUUGAGGAUAGCGCAGUGCUUGCCAGACGGCAGGUCCUGGAGCAAUUGACGCAAGCUUCCCGAUCCUUCCUGACAGCAUCGAGCAGCAAAGAUGCAGCCAUCGGCAAACUCACCAGCCCCAGUGCUUUCGCUGACCUGGAUUCUCUGCUCCGACCCGAGGACAGCCACUACUCUCACAGCAAUCGAGGUGCUCUCUUCAUUGUUCGAAGAAGACGAGAGAGCAGAGAUCAAGAUGCAGACGGCGAAAUCGUCGCAGCUGUUGCGCUGCGCUCGCUCAUCUGGACGCCCGAGAUCUUCCAAGCCCUCGGACCCAGCUAUGCCAAUCGAAGCAUCGACAAGAUUUGCAACCUCGCACAACUACGCGUCGACCCGCAAUGGCAGCGCAAAGGGAUCGGCCAAUGGCUCAUUCGAGUCGCCGAGUUCAAAGCAUCCAAGCUAGGCUUCACUCAUCUGUAUACGCAGAGCGCCGCCAGUCGCGCCGAGCUCCUCUCGUUUUGGACGCACGCGGGCUUCCACGAAUUUGUCCGUCUCGACAACGUUGCCAGGCUCGAGAAAGCAAUUGUGUCACCGACGGCGACGACCACGGCCACGGCCGAGAGCGCAAAACCAUCAGCUCGUUCGCCGCCCGGAACAGCCCGAGGCGACGGUGCUGCUGGCGAGGCCAGCUCCCAGCCGAGCUUGAAGAGGCGGCGUAUGGGCAAUGGCGUUCCAAAUGUGGCGAAGCAGCAAGGCGAGGCUCGGCUGGCCACAAUUCCGUCGGCAAUGGCCCUCGAUCCUAACAUUCCGCUGGAUUCGCCCGAGGAACCCUUCUCUACCCCUUUGGCUCCCACGACGAUGGAUGCUGUGGUCCCGUCCAGAAGCGCCCCCGCUCCGAAUCUUCGUCCCAUCGAGACACCUUCCGUUAUUUUGCAAAGCACGGCUACAUCCUCUGCCCCUACGAUACUGCAGGACCUCGGCGGAUCGGUCGGCGUUGCCAUCCCCGCACCGACCUCUUACACUGCAGCCCGAGAUUCCAACGGUGAUCCACGGCGCAGAAUCGCGUUCCACGAGACGAGCCUGUCUGACAGCGGGCGUUCGACCUAG